UAGCGCACGUGGAGUAGUUUCUCACGUUUUUAUAUCAGCUACAAAAACCAGUUAAAUUAGGUAAAAAUAUGGGUCGCAAGGCUGAAUAUAGUGAAAAACCCAAAAAGGGACCUGGCCGCAAGGCGCGCAAACAGGGACCGCCUGUGUUCCGCAAGAAAUCCUUUACUCCCAUGGAAGAGGAGGAUAAGAAGCUGUCUCACCGUCAAAAGCAGCGUUUCGUCAAGCGGGAGCAAAAGAAAGUAGUCCAGAAGGCGAAACUGCAAGAGAAGCGGGCCAAGGGUGUCAAGAAGCAGCCACAAGUCCGACGCAAAACGGCCUACAACAGCGACAGCGAGCCAGAGGAAGAGGUGGAGGCCCAAGAGGCCUCUUCCGAUGAGGAGGUGCCACAAUUGGUGCCGGCGCCCACAAAUAAAAAAUCUGCUGCUCCAAAGGGUUUCACAGACGACAACGAUGCUUGGUUGAAGCCCAAAAAGGGAAAGAAGUUGCCAGAACCCGCGUCUGAAGACGAGGAUGAUGAGGGAUUGGAGGAAGACUCAGAGUCAGAGGAUGAAAAUGGAGUCGAAUCUGCUGAAUCCGCAGAGGACGACGAGGAGGAGGACGAUGACGAGGAUAUUGAGGAUGAAGAAGAAGAAGAGGAUUCGGAUGAAGACACCGCUCAUGUGGGCAAUCUGGCUGAUCUCUCCGACGAUGAGGCCAACUCGGACGAUGACUUUGAUAUUUCUGGCGACGAGGAUGCUGCUGAGGUAGAGAGCGAUGAAGAUGACGACGAAGACGAUGAUGAUGAUGAUGAUGACGACGACAAGCUGCCGAUUGAGCGCGCAAACAAGAAGCUUAAGAAGCGGGAGGCCAAGGACGCUCAGCUGGCGGAUGAGGAGAUGCAGAUGACGGUUGAUCAUCAGGAUGUGUUCCAAAUGCCCAACGAGGAGGAUAAGACCGAAGAUCUCACUCUGCAGCAGGUGCAGCAGCGCAUAAAAGAUGUUACCUUGGUCCUGUCUGAUUUCAAGAAAUAUCGUCAGGCGGAUCGUUCUCGCGGGGAGUAUAUUGAGCUGCUGCGCCAGGAUUUGUGCUUGUACUACAGCUACAAUGAUUUUUUGAUGGAGAAACUGAUGGACAUGUUCCCGCUAACCGAACUUAUGGAGUACCUCGAGGCCUCGGAGGUGGCCCGUCCACUAACCAUCCGCACCAACACGCUGAAGGCACGUCGUCGGGACCUGGCCGCAGCUCUGAUCAACCGUGGCGUGAAUUUGGAUCCACUAGGCAAGUGGACCAAGGUGGGAUUGGUCGUCUUCAACUCGCAGGUGCCGCUGGGUGCCACUCCCGAGUACUUGGCUGGUUACUACAUGAUCCAGGGUGCCUCGUCGCUGCUUCCGGUAAUGGCACUCGCUCCGCAGGAGAACGAACGUAUCCUGGAUAUGUGCUCAGCGCCUGGUGGCAAGGGAUCGCACAUUGCUUCAAUUAUGAAGAACACCGGAACGCUUUUCGCCAACGACUUCAAUCGAGAUCGCGUCAAGGCAGUCCAGGCCAAUUUUCAUCGGUUGGGCAUUGUGAAUGCCAUCGUCAGCUGCGAGGAUGGCACCAAGUUCAGGAACAUCAUAACCGGAUUCGACCGCGUCCUGCUCGACGCUCCUUGUACCGGCACUGGAGUGGUCUCCAAGGAUCCCAGUGUGAAGACCACCAAGUCGGAGGUGGAUGUCCAAAGGUGUUACAACCUGCAGCGCAAACUCCUCCUCUCGGCAAUUGAUUGUGUGGACGCGAAAUCGUCGACCGGUGGCUAUAUCGUAUACUCGACCUGCUCCGUGCUGCCGGAGGAGAAUGAGUGGGUUAUCGACUAUGCGCUAAAGAAGCGCAAUGUCAAGCUGGUGCCCACGGGGCUAGACUUUGGCGUUGAGGGCUUUACAAAGUUCCGCCAGCACCGCUUCCAUCCCAGCUUGAACCUUACCAAGCGCUACUAUCCGCACACCCACAAUAUGGACGGCUUCUACGUGGCCAAACUGAAGAAGUUCUCCAACACGAUACCGUUGACCAAGGAACAGCAGGAAGAAGAUGAGAAGCAGCUGGACGCCGCCAUCGAAGCAGAGACGACCUCCACCACUGAAAGUCCAACUAAUGCAGAGGAUGAAACGGCAGCGGAUGACAAGGUUCCCCGGAAGCUAUUGGGCAAACGUGCCGGUAAGCCCAGUCUCACAGAUGUCGAUCAGGAUUUGAAGAAGAAGAAAUUGGAGGAGAGCAAGACAAAGUACGUGGCCAAGGUGUUCGAGAAACCCGUCAAGGCGCCAAAGAAGCCGAAGCUAGAGAAGCCGCAGGAGAAGAAAAAAGUCAGAUGGAGCGACCCUCUGACCAAAAAUGGCCAAUCCAAUGGUAAUUCAGCUUCUCCGAAAACAGAAGGAAAGGCCUCUAAGAAGACACAACAUCGAGGGCUCCUGGAGGUAAAAAAAGAACCGGAAGCAAGCCAGAAAAUGGAUAAAAACAAGACAGUAUCCCAAGCUCUUAAGCCAACUGUAAAUGGUAGCGCUUCACCUGCACCACUUGAAGGAAGAAAACCAUCCGGGAUGCCAGCCAAGACGUCAGCCAAGCCGAAGACCUCUUCAAAGCAAUUCAAGGCACCACGCGGAGACACAGAUGUGCCCUUGCUGGAAGGGAAGCCCAUCAAGAAACAGAACAAGCUGAAGAAGAAACAGAUUGGACAGUUGAAGAAGUCGACAACAAGCGGGAAAGAGGGAAAAAAACAAAAGUUCAGGAAGUGAACAUUAGAAAUCCCUGUUUAAUUAAGACUAGAACUUAAGUUGGGGUAGUCCCCAUGCGAUUACGAUUACCUGUUUUUAUAUUGAGAACUUUCUUAGCUUAAAUUCGAUGUUUGAAUACAACAGUGCUGUAAUUAAAUAUCGAUAUUAACAAUAAAUGCUAAGCUCGCCUUAAUAUAGUCACAAA